AUGAAAGUACUCGCAGCAAUUGCGCUGGGCGCAACAGCUUUCACAGGGGCUGUAGCUGCAGUGAUUACUCAAGAAGCAUUCUUGAACAACCCUCGCAUCCAUCAUGACCAGGAGAAGUACUUGAUCGAAUUGGCCCCUUAUCGAACACGAUGGGUGACUGAAGAGGAGAAAUGGGCAUUGAAAUUGGACGGCGUGAAUUUUAUCGAUAUCACAGAAGAGCACAACACCGGUUUUUACCCGACUCUCCACAGCGGCAGCUAUGUCAAAUAUCCGGCGAAGAUGCAGUAUGCUGAAGAAGUGGUUGCGCUUAACAAGAACUUAUUGAAAGAAAACAUGAAGGCCAACCUGGAACGAUUCACAUCAUUUCAUACUCGCUAUUACAAAUCUCAGACGGGAAUUCAAUCAGCAACAUGGCUGUACGACCAAGUCCAGAGAGUUGUCUCCGAGUCGGGAGCCGCUAAGUAUGGUGCAACUGUUGAGCGAUUCUCUCAUCCAUGGGGUCAGUUCAGCAUUAUUGCCCGAAUUCCCGGCCGAACGAACAAGACUGUGGUGCUGGGCGCCCAUCAGGACAGCAUCAAUUUGUUUCUCCCUUCAAUCCUGGCUGCUCCCGGUGCUGAUGACGAUGGGAGUGGAACUGUCACCAUUCUCGAAGCGUUGCGCGGUCUGCUGCAGUCAGACGCAAUUGCCAAGGGUAAUGCAUCCAAUACUGUCGAGUUCCACUGGUACUCUGCAGAAGAAGGCGGAAUGCUGGGCUCCCAGGCAAUCUUCUCCAGUUACAAGCGGGAUAGGCGGGAAAUCAAGGCCAUGCUCCAGCAAGACAUGACUGGCUACAUCCAGGGAGCUCUGAACGCGGGUGUCGAGGAAGCCAUAGGAAUUAUGGUCGAUUAUGUCGACCAGGGCCUCACACAGUUUCUCAAGAACGUUGUUACAGCGUACUGUUCUGUGGGUUACCUGGAGACGAAGUGCGGAUAUGCCUGCUCCGACCACACCUCGGCCAGUAAAUACGGCUAUCCCGCGGCUAUGGCGACUGAAGCAGAGAUGGAAAAUACCAAUAAGAAGAUACAUACUACCGACGACCAGAUCAAGUAUCUGAGCUUCGAUCAUAUGUUGGAGCAUGCCAAGUUGACUCUCGGCUUCGCUUUCGAAUUGGCAUUUGCGCCUCCUUAUUCCAAGGAACUACGACUUGCAUGCCUCACGGUGCAACGGGCUGCACUAUUGACGAAGAGAUUGCUCGAGGCUGUCGACAAAGGAUCCCUCGACAAGAGUGAUUCCACGCCUGUGACCAUCGCCGACUUUGCUGCUCAAGCACUUAUCAUUGGCGCUAUCCACAAAGCCUUUCCUGAAGAUGAAUUUGUGGGUGAGGAGGACUCAAAGGCUCUCCGUGCAGAUCCAGAACUUCUUGAGCGCACGUGGGAACUCGCCUCUACCACUCACCUCGAUGACAAGGACAGUGCAGCCCUUCUCUACGCUCCCAAAUCCAAGGAGGAAAUGCUUGACUUGAUUGAUCUUGGAGCUCGUGGCAAAUGUAGCCUGGAGAGUCGUGCCUGGGUUCUGGAUCCUGUAGAUGGCACUGCGACUUUCAUCCAGGGCCAGCAGUAUGCGGUGUGCCUGGCACUGGUGGAGAAUGGAUGCCAGAAGGUCGGCGUGUUGGGUUGCCCGAAUCUCAAUCUUGCUACGGGCCGUCUUCGAGAGGAUGUUGUGGAUCGAGAUGGCUACGGGUCUCAAGUCUUUGCAGUUGCUGGUCAAGGUGCCUGGAUACGGAAGAUGGGGCGCGGAGGUCUGCUCGCUGCUGAGAGUAUCGCUCAGAGGCCACAGAUUACAGACCCGAAGGACCUCGAUUUCGUGGACUGUGGGUCUGCCACAUCAUCUAAUACUUCCUUGCAUGCUCGAGUGGCAGCGAAACUGGGUGCUCCGUGGCCGUACAGCACUGAUCUCUGGGCUGCACAGUUGCGCUACAUAGCCAUCGCGGUAGGAGGCUGCAACGCUUUGAUCAAGAUCCCCCGUAAGGCAUCUUAUCGGUCUAAGAUCUGGGAUCAUGCAGGCGGCAUGUUGAUUGCCGAGGAAGUCGGCGUUAAGGUCACUGACCUUGCAGGAAAUCCUGUCGACUGCAGCUUGGGCCGAACACUAGCUGGAUGCUACGGGAUGAUCGUGGCUCCUCCUUCCAUUCACAGGCGGAUCGUUGAAGCCGUAAAGGAGGUCAUGCAGGAACAGAGUUAA